GACAAAAGGAGUGCAAAGCUGAUUCUUGGUGCAGUCUCACCUCCACCUGGAAUUCCUGUCUCACCAAGAAAACAUUUCACCUGUUCAUGAAGAUCAAAGACAGGUGGACCCCAGAAAAACGGAAUCCUCUUUUUCCGGUUCGACCCCGUACGUUUCAGGGUUUCUAAGCAGAUUUUUAGUGGGUUCGGAUUUGAUCCAGAUGCGUUUUCCCGCCACACGAGGCCGCUGUCGGACACGGAGAGAAGCAGGAACCUUUCUGUCCGUCUGUGCCGAGUUUCCACCCGGACACACAUAGGAGUCGUACCUAAAGAUGGCGGCCCGUUUAUUACGUCUGAGCUCCUUCAAGGGCCUCCAGGCGGACCGCUGGGGUCUGCUGAGGAGCCGCUCUGCUGUGAGCUUCUGCACCAAAACCGAAGACUCAACAAAACCCGGCCGGAAGAAGAAAGCCGCUGAGAAAACAGCAGAGGCUCCAGACCUCAGGGACGCCCUGCUGGCCUACAAGAGCGCUGUCGGCUUUCCCGUCAGGACUCGGCAGCCUGCAGUUCUCCUCACCAACAGUGUGGGAGAAGCUGAGUCGGCAAGCACCUCCUCCUCCUUUCCAUCCGGUGCUCCAUCUGAGGUUGAGUCAGCGAUCUCCUCCUCCCAUUCGGCUCAGCUCACCCCUGACCGAGCAUCGCCUCCUGCUGAGGAGGCGGGUGGAGGAGAGGCGGACACGGCUGCAGUCCCAGCUGCCGCCACAGAGGGCGCUCCCAGUCCAGAAACAAGCGACCCCGCAGCAGAUGAGACGUCCUCCUCGUCAGACAGCGAGUCCGAUUCGGAUUCAGACUCUGAAGAUGAGAAGAGCGCGUCUGCUGGUCCAGCCUCAUCUCCAGAGCUGCAGCGGUCUUCAGCGGAGAAAGAAGAGCAUUUUCCAGAGCACACAGGACAUCAGGCUGAAGUUCAGAAGGGGCCAGCAUCCUCACAUGGAGCUCCACCUGUGGAAGAAACUCUCCGUGAAAGUUCUGGGGAGAAACUGGAGCCACCGAAGCCUAGCAGUCCACAAACUCCAUCUGAGGAGGUUGAGAAGGUUUCUGCAGAGGCCGCAGAAGAAGACGCUCCUGCAGUCCGUGCAGCGACCAGCGACGCUCCAUCUCCAUCACCGGUCCAGGUCACAGCUGAAGAUGAAACCCAGACUGCAGCCCCUGCAGAGCCCCCUGCUGAGGAAACUGCUGUAGACGUCUCAGAAGCCUCCGUUAAACGUUUGGGUGGAGCAGAAGCUGUUGAAGAAUCUGCAGAACCACAGAACCCCUAUGCCAAAGCUCCUGAAUCUCAAAGCGAGAAGUCCAGCCCUGCAGGGGCCCCGGAGGAACUGGUGGACCCUGAGGCUCAGAUGAAGGCGUCCAGCCCUGCAGGGGCCCCAGAGGAACUGGUGGACCCUGAGGCUCAGAUGAAGGCGUCCAGCCCUGCAGGGGCCCCAGAGGAACUGGUGGACCCUGAGGCUCAGAGCAAGGCGUCCAACCCUGCAGGGGCCCCGGAGGAACUGGUGGACCCUGAGGCUCAGAGCAAGGCGUCCAACCCUGCAGGGGCCCCGGAGGAACUGGUGGACCCUGAGGCUCAGAUGAAGGCGUCCAGCCCUGCAGGGGCCCUGGAGGAACUGGUGGACCCUGAGGCUCAGAGCAAGGCGUCCAGCCCUGCAGGGGCCCUGGAGGAACUGGUGGACCCUGAGGCUCAGAUGAAGGCGUCCAGCCCUCCAGGGGCCCCAGAGGAACUGGUGGACCCUGAGGCUCAGAUGAAGGCGUCCAGCCCUGCAGGGGCCCUGGAGGAACUGGUGGACCCUGGCCAAGUCCUGGAAGGAGCAGGACAGCUUCAGCUUGAGGAAGCUGCAGCUCCAGAACCGGAGGAACCUUUGGAUAACAGCACCUACAAGAACUACCAGCACCACUCCUACAACCCCUACACGUUUGCUGACCUGGACCUGGAGAUGGCCAAAUAUCGCCUCCCCCAGCCCUCCUCUGGCAGACCCUCGCCCAGACACUAGCAGAGGACCCCCCCCUCAGUGGUCCCAUGGUGGCGUCAUUAAAAAUGUCUUUCUGCUCCACAC